CAAUUCGCUUGUUUUAGCAUAUGCUAUAGCCAAUUGGGUUCCGCUUUAAUAGCAUAGCCGCCGCUACACGUCUAGCAACUUGCAAUGCAGUCGCUUUGCCAGCCAGCGGCAACGCGCGCGGGGGCCUUUAGGGCCGGCGCCGCUCCGCGUCCUCAGAUCUGUGCUCGCAUGACGAGAUUGGUGGUGCUGGCAGGCACGGUUUCGACCAACGACUUCAAGAACGGCCUGACCGUGGAGGUCGACAGCCAGCCCUAUAAGGUGGUGGAGUUCCUGCACGUGAAGCCUGGCAAAGGCGCGGCUUUUGUGCGCUCAAAGCUUAAGAAUUUCUUCACGGGGAACGUGGUCGAGAAGACGUUCCGCGCUGGCGAAAUGUUGAACACAGCCGAUAUUCAGAAGCGCGAGGGCCAGUUCACAUACGCUGAGGGCGACACAUAUGUCUUCAUGGACACCGAGACGUAUGAGGAGACGCGCCUUAAGAAGGAUGAUUGGGCCCAGUAUCUUAAGGAGGGCACGACCGUGCAGCUGCUCUUUUACAACGGCAAGGUCAUCAGCGUCGACAUCCCGCAGUUCAUGGACCUGAAGGUGGUCGCAACUUCGCCAAACGUGAAGGGUAACACCGUAUCAGGUGGCAGCAAGCCAGCGACCCUAGAGACGGGAGCUGUUGUGUCGGUGCCGCUCUUUAUCAACGAGGGCGAGAUUCUUAAAAUCGACACCCGGACCGGCGCCUACCUGUCCCGCUCGUAAGCCCUUGCUUACAAGACAGCGCAGUAGCACUGUAGGCAGCGACUUCGCAGCACCCAACAUGUCUGCGCUUCCUAGCUGGCAGGUACAGCAGCAGCGACGUCAUUACAUGGGUGGCUUGACCUUUUCGGUUGGCCCUUUAAUCCUGAUCGCAAAUUCGUUGAGGAUCAGAGCACGCCGAUGUGCUGUUCAGGCCUGCCGUACUGUCGUGCAAGGUGGAAGUCUUGAUCUGGGUCACGCUGCAUACCUGCUUGCAUCCAAAACGAAUAAGGCAGGAACUGACUGCAUGGGCUUUGUUACGGGCUUGGUUGCGACACGUUGUGUUAGGAGUUGGCAGGCUGCUACGGCUGCUGGGGAGGGCCAUCGGUCCAGGAACACUGUACGGCGCAGGGUUUGAAAGGUGAUUGAGGUUUCGUUCCGGUCGAGUGAAGGCCCGGGUGUCUGGGACGACGUGCGCGUGUAUACGCGGUAAACAGUGCGGCAUGUACCACAAGCGUUGUGCUGUGUUAAAAUAACUGGCCGUUGUGCUGUGUGUGCUUACCAAACAGUGCACACGGUGUGUUGCUGUGCGCAUGUUGCCAGGACAGGAACAGGACCAAGUAGACUGGAGGAUUAGUUUGGGCCGUUCAGCUGAGGCAGAGAGGAGUUGAGAGCGCGCACAGAGGGGAGCCAGGUUAGGGGAGGGCGGCUAUGAUGCUGAAGCAGUAGAGUUCGGGUUGGGGGAGGCCCGGUGGCACCUGUGACGGGCCUGGCAGGCCGAGCGGGCGGGCUUUGCGUUUGAUGAGGGUGCGGAACCGCUUGUGCUGGAACUCGGUUGUUGUUGACUCGUGUAGGUCGUUGUUCUUGUAGUUGCAGCGCUGGUGAUGAACGUGGUGGUAUUUCUAGGGGCAUGUUAUGAGGUAGGUUUCACUUUGGAUGGGGCAGCCUGUAUCGGAAUGCUAGCUGGGGUGUAACAGUUGGGGAAAUGCCGGGUUGGGGGCGCGCAAGGGCAGCCUGAGGCUAACCACGCGGCGGGAGUUGUACCGGCGCUUGGGUGCGACUACACACGGCUGGUAGCAUGGGCGGCAGCAGCGGAGGGGGCAGCCGGGGUACGUGUUGCGGUCACUUAUGUGACGGAGCCUGGGAUAUUUGCAGGUACACGGUGACGGGGGAGGGGCCCAUGUGUGUCGCCUCGAUAGCAGCCCGGAAGGAAGGUUCCCAAUUUUCGCUAUCAUCGCAGGAGGGGCAGGGUGGCUAGAGCUGAGGGGUGUGAAUGUGUGAUUGUGGUAGGGGGGGAUGCACACCGGAGGGCUGUGUGCUCUGUUGUUUCUCGCACCGAGCUAUUUCCUGUUUUGCUUCGUGCUCCUCCCUCUCCGUAUGUCGGACGCAUUGUAAGGGAGAGGGUGGUAAGUUGGGCGCACUUGGGGCCGCUCUAUGCGUUGCUCUAUGUUUAUUGGGUUUCGCAUGUUGUCGCGCAGCUUAGGAGCUCAUCCACACUGAGAGCCGUGUGUCCUAUAGCUGUUGGGGGCGCGUGCCCGGGUGCGUUCCAGCCAGCAGCAAUGGCGGGCUGUGGUGGGGGUUUGGCUGACACGUGUGGUGGCAAGUAGGCACCCUCGUGCGGGGUCGUCACUCGUCAGCUACCUUAGUCGUAGCUAGUGGCCUGCCGUGUAAGUGUUACAAUGGUCA